AUGGCUGCUCAAUGCAGAUCGGGAUCUAAAUUGGCCUUCUCUUUCCAUAAUUUCCAUCCAUUCUGUACCUCACCCUUCUAUACCCGGUCUCCAACAGGCGGAAGUGCCACUCAAUAUCUACGGUCCUCAAGAGGAAUGGUUCAAAUGGCCAUUGCGCAUAUCGAAAGCCACCAUGAUAUCCCUCACAUAAGCGGAAUGCAAGAGAUUAUGGCACAUCCAGAACAAAGAAAAACACUGCCACAAGACGCACAACCUAUAUCGAUCAUCAGAAUCCCAGACGCUCAAGAGCCUGACAGCGAGCAAAUCUCAAGAGUCGUCAAACCUGGAUCUGAUACAGAAACUUUACAGCAGCCUCUCGAGGAUAAGAUCGGCGACCGUGGACUAUUUGUUGAGGACUCGGGAUACCCUGAAGUUGAGGAUCCCGUAGAUCCAGCUCGCAUACUUACAAGGAACGACUUGAUCAAGCAGCGCACCUUAUUCCUUGGAAUCAUCCUGAUUCUAAACAUCUUAUUAGCCAUCGCUUCCAUUCUUGGAAAUGAAUCUAAAGUUGCGGUCGCGAUGGUAUAUUUCAUCAAAAGCAAAGACUUCCUUUCCUCCAUCAUAUCACCUAUAGGCCUGGUGAUAUCCAACUUUUACCACGUCUUGCGGCCAGUGCAGAAACCGACUCGGCAAUGGAUAUUGUCUCUUAUCCCAGCCUACUCAGAGAGUGAAGAACAGAUCGUCAAAACCAUAUUUUCUCUUCGCGAUAACGGCACGGCACCUCACCGUCAGGUCAUGGUCGUUAUUCUCGAUGGACAGCCCAGGAAUAUCCGAGGUAAUAUGACCCGUGUUAUCACUCAAUUUGAGCGGUCAUAUAUUUCGUUCAAAUGGAAACGGGGCACUCUACGUAUUAUCGCGGGCUUUAUGGAAGAUGUCCCUGUCAUCGUACUAGAGAAGCUCAAAAACAGCGGUAAAAAGGACUCCUUGAUCCUUUGUCAUGACCUGUUCAAUUAUAUUCGCGCGAAUGCGCCUAUUUAUACACGGCUUCUCAGGGACGAACUUUGGAUGCACGUUUUACCUCCUCUGAUAAACGAUAACUUCCAAGGAUUCGACAUGAUAUUCUGCACAGAUGCGGACUCUACUAUUCACAAAGGAGCGCUAGCUAUGCUGGCCAACGCCCUCGCUAAUAAUCAGAACGCUAUCGCAGCCUGCGGACUUGUGCUUGUUGAACUGGAGCCUGGGUAUGAAUGGUCCGUUUGGAAUCUUUAUCAACAAUUCCAGUAUACCUUCGGUCAAUACGUUCGAAGAAGAGCAGAGCACUAUAUCGGCAAAGUCACAUGCCUCCCAGGCUGCAUUACCAUGAUAUCGGUUAGAGAAGAGAUGGGAGGGGCUAUACAGAAGUAUGCGGAACCUAUCACUGGGCCCUUUGUGCUGUCGCAUCAAGUCCAGUACCUCCGUAUGGACAUAGGGAACUGA